CACCAACACUUGCUUUUCUUGCAGAGUUGAGCACUUUGCCAAAAUCUACAGUCAAAAAAUCGGCAUCAAAAAGGAAGUUCUUUUGAAAACCUUGUGGGGAGAUUAUUAUAUCAAUAUGAAGGCCAAGAAGAUUAUGAAGGUGGAUCAGGCAAAAGGAAAGAAACCUUUAUUUGUGCAGCUGAUCCUGGAGAAUAUAUGGAGUUUGUAUGAUGCCGUCUUGAAAAAGGACAGAGAAAAAAUUGAUAAAAUAGUGACUUCCUUAGGAUUGAAAAUUGGAGCCCGGGAGGCACGACAUUCAGACCCUAAAGUUCAGAUCAAUGCCAUCUGCAGCCAGUGGCUCCCCAUCUCCCAUGCUGUGCUGGCAAUGGUGUGUCAGAAGCUUCCCAGCCCCCUGGAUAUGACAGCUGAGAGGGUGGAGAGACUGAUGUGCACAGGAUCACAGACGUUCGACUCUCUUCUGCCCGAAACCCAGGCCCUGAAAGCAGCUUUCAUGAAAUGUGGAAGCGAGGACACUGCUCCAGUUAUUAUCUUUGUUUCCAAAAUGUUCGCCGUCGAUGCCAAGGCCCUGCCCCAGAAUAAGCCCAGAUCCCGAUCGGUUCCUGCAGGAAUUACGGCUGCAGCCUCCUGGCUGGUCCCUCUGCCCGGGCUCUGGCUUUGCCAAUCCGUGUGCCGUCCAUCCUACGCUGGGAUCUGGAAUGAAAACUUGAUGUGGGUGCCUCGAAGCUCCUCUUCUGUAGGACCCACAUCUACUCUGGAUGUUCUUCGUAAGGAUUUUUUGAGUAACCCGAGAGAAAUAAUGUAAAUAAUACUUAAGAAUGUCCGGUACCUCGGGGGCAUCUUAAGUCUUAUUCUUCUGUCUUAUGAAGAAUAACGGCGGUGACUCCACUGGCUGCCAUCCGCGGAGCUCAGACAGUAUUCGUUUCUCCGCGUCCGUGGGCCGUUGAGAUCUGACAGCACUUCCUGAGUGGGAAGUAGUCAGGGUUUCAGUUUUGCCUGUGACGGAAAAAGUAAGUUAGGGGCUCCAGGUCACGGAGCUGGAAGGAGGCCACCAGUGUUCGAACCCAGGUCUUGUCCAUUCACAGCGUGGAACCUGGCCUUGUUCGUCCAGUGUGGCUUGUCUUUCUUUUUCUCUUUUCAUUUUUCCAGCUUUUACAUUUGAGUUUAUUCUUCAUUUAACUUUGAAAACAGCACUAUCAUUGAAUAUUGAAACAAAAGCAGUAGGGAGGGGCGCCUGGGUGGCU